AUGCUCGCCAUUUCAACACGGGGCUUUCUGUGGUCGGAUGUCGAGACCAGAACCUUGCUUAACAUCUGGGGCGAGCAGGACAUCCAGACAGCGUUGGAUGGAAACUUCCGAAACAGUCAUGUCUACCGCGACGUCGCCCGAAGGUUGGGAGAGAUGGGGUUCGAAAGAACCCCGGAGCAGUGUAGGGUGCGAAUCAAAAGCCUGAAAAGGCAGUUCCUCCUGGCCAAGGAGGGCAACCUGAGGAACAAUGGACAAUACCACAAGAUCUGCAAAUUCUAUGAUGCCAUGGAGAGGAUACUGAGCAGCCGUCCCCAGAUUGACCCCCAGGAGCUGCUAGACAGCGGGGCUGUGGGGGAUGAGACCAUGGACGGGACAGAGGAGGAAGAGGACACAGACCCUCCACAGGACCCAUACCUGGAGAGCACAGGGGAAUGCUCCUACCCAGAGACCCAAGUGAAGCUGGAAUACCCUCCCAUCACUAUCCCUGUGACAGUGGGGAACGGUAAGUACCAUUUAUAUGGCAUGUUGUUACAUUGUUAUCAUAUUGUAUGCAGAUACUGCCACAGUGACAGCCCUCGAAACCUCAAUCCACUUUCCUCCACAGGCAUCACAGUCAGACAGACCAGCAGCAGCCAGUCAGCUAGUGGGCCGUCCUCCAGCCGACCCAAGCGGCCCAAGAAGCGGCAUGCCGACCUGCCCCUGGACAGUCUGAUGGAGCGGUUCCUGGAGCAGAGUGCCGAGGCCGAGCAGAGCUUCUACCAGAUGGAGGAGCAGCGUCUGCAGGUCGAGGACCGCCGGCGAGAGGCUGAACACGCCCGCGAGCUCCACAUGCUCCAGGUGUUGGGACAGAUGUUCUCCAGCAUCGCCACCAGAAACCCUAUCGCCACAGCUACCGCAACCACAGCAAUGCCGCCUGCUCGGAAUACCAUGGAGUCCACCAUGCAGCCCGGUGUGCCGAUGUCCGCCUCCAGCCAUAUGACGCGUGGCCGGUCGUGUCACCUCCGAGUCCACUCGCCCCAAUCCCAGGCUGAGUGGCCCAGCUACCACAGUCAGCCACAGUCCAAUGCAGGUUCUCAGUCUUUAGGUAUUCACUUCUCUCACUCAGUUGGACUGUGUUUGAGCAAUGGCCAGCCCUGGUGAGACUGCCUGUCGACAAGCAGGUCAAACAGAACUGAAUAAUGCGGAAACAGACGCACAAACAUGUCUAAGCCUAAAAGCACACACAACACACAAGCAGCUAGCGCAGGGAAGCUACACAUUUUAAGGAGAACUCUGAAUACCUCUCUCUUUUCUUUCUCAGUCAUCGAGCGCUCCUUCUCCCUUGGGACAGCCGCACGCACAGGCAUGGAUGAUAUCCUUCCACUGGUGAAAAAUAUAGUCCCUCCACUGACGUCUAAAAAGCAUAAAGGCCAAGACGGGCGGAUUGGGAUUAUUGGGGGAUGUCAAGAGUAAGUCACCCAAGUGACCCAACCCAACUCUACCAUCAACUUUGAUUUCUAAAUGAAGGUUUUCUGCCAUAUACCCAUAUUGUGUGAGGUAACAAAGUAAUUCACAAUUUUUUCUCCUCUUCUUUGUGUCCUUUCAUUCCAUCCACCCUUCCUUCUGACUAUUUUUCUUGUCAUGGUAAGGUAUACAGGAGCUCCGUACUUUGCUGCUAUCUCUGCAUUGAAAGUGGUAAGCACACAGUAGCUUUCUUGGUCCUGUGUAAUUCUUUCUCUGCCGGAGACAUUGAUAUGAUGACAAAACCUCUGUCACUUCCUAGGGGGCCGACCUGUCACACGUAUUCUGUACUAAAGACGCAGCGACAGUGAUCAAAUCCUACAGUCCGGAGCUCAUAGUUCAUCCUGUGCUGUAAGUUCUGUCUUAGAAGCCAAUGCAUACACUGACAAGCCAAUGUAAACACCUUCCUAAUAUUGAGUUGGACCCCCUUUUGCCUUUAGAACAGUCUCAAUUUGUUGAGGCAUGAACUCUACAAGGUGUCGAAAGCGUUCCACAGGAAUGCUGGCCCAUGUUGACUCCAAUGCUUCCCACAGUUGUGUGAAGUUGGCUGGAUGUCAUUUGGGUGGUGGACCAUUCUUGAUACAGGGGAAAGUGUUGAGCGUGAAACACCCAGCAGCGUUGCAGUUCUUGACACACUCAAACCGGUGUGCUUGGCACCUACUACCAUACCCUGUUCAAAGGCACUUACAUAUUUUGUCUUGCCCAUUCACCCUCUGAAUGGCACUCAUACACAAUCCAUGUCUCAAUCGUGUCAAGGCUUAAAAAUACUUAUUUAACCUGUCUCCUCUCCUUCAUCUACACUGAUUGAUGUGGAUUUAACAAGUGACAUCAAUAAGGGAUCAUAGCUUUCACCGGGAUUCACCUGGUCAGUCUGUCAUGGAAAUGGCAGAUGUUCCUAAUGUUUUGUACACUCAGUGUAUGUAAACAGUGUGUAUAUGAUGUAAUGUAAUGUUGAUGAUAACUGUGUACAUAGGGACAGCCCCAAUGCAGUGGAGGAGAUAGAGAAAUGGCUCCCCAGACUCCAUAGCCUGGUGGUGGGACCAGGGCUAGGCAGAGAUGUCAUGCUGCUGAAAAACGCCAAGGCACGUGGGACACUGACUAUACACACACACACACACACAGUCAAUUUGAGUUUAGACAGUCCACAUGAUAUUACCAAUGUUCUUAUGACUCUUUUUCUUUAGGAAGUAAUUGAGAAGUCCAAAGCAAGAGAUAUCCCUAUAGUUAUUGAUGCAGUAAGUACUGUACACACAACUGAUUUUUGCUUUGGUAGUAGAUUUGUUUUUAAAUUACAAGGAUGUUCAUUGAUUGUGUGUGUUCCACCAAUAGGACGGGCUGUGGCUGGUUGCUCAGCAGCCAUCAGUCAUCCAAGGGUACCAGAAGGGCAUCCUGACUCCCAACUACAUGGAGUUCACCCGGUUGUAUGAGGCUAUGGUGAGUCUGCCAGUGCUAGCUCAGUGUGUGCGUUCGUUCAUUAUUAACCCACUAUCUGUGUUUUCAGCACCAUGAGCCUCUGGAUAGCAGUGACCAUCAGAGGAGUGCCAUGGAGCUCAGUGUUGCCAUGGGAAACCUGACCGUGAUUCUCAAGGGGGAGGAAGACCUCAUCACCGACGGUAACAAGGGUUAGUGUUACAAACACAUACACACAGCUACACUCAGACUAAGCGCUACGCUCACACAUAUUCCUGUCAAGAUCUGACCGUGUCCUGUGUCUCUGUGGUGUCCAGUGAUCUUGUGCAGACAGGAGGGCAGCGGGCGGCGGUGUGGGGGGCAAGGAGACCUCCUAUCUGGCUCUCUGGGAGUGCUGGCACACUGGGCAUAUGCCUCCUCAGCAGACAUGACCAAAAGGUACAAUAUUAAUCUUAUCAUUGUGUGAUUAAACACUGACCUGACCAAAAUGAAUAUAGCUCUAUGAAAACAUUAGAUAACAUAUCGUCGCUGUCUGAUGAAAACCUCGUAACUCAAUAUUUAUGUAUUUUUUUAGUCAUUUAGCAGACACUCUUAUCCAGAGCGACUUACAGGAGCAAUUAGGGUUAAGUGCCUUGCUCAAAAUCGACAGAUUUUUCACCUAGUUGGCUCGGGGAUUAGAACCAGAGACCUUUCGGUUACUGGCACAACACUCUUAACCACUAAGCUACCUGCCGCCUUCGUGUAUUGAAAGCAGUAACGUUCAUCAAUGUACUCUGAGCAUUUAAUGACUCUAGGACCAAGAACAUUUAUUCAAAAUAGCUUCUGAAGUUUCGAAAUUGUAUGUUUGUUAAUUGUAAAAUAAAGCAGUUUUUUCAAUUUCCUGAAAAGUUUAUGUUUUGGAGGUUUUCUUCCGACAGCAACGAUAUGUAACCUAGUUGGUCUAAUUUUAUAGUGUAUUCGUCAUUGAUCUAACGGUUACGUAUUCUCCAAUCUCUUCUUCUGCCUAAGUGUGAACCCGUCAGUGGUGGCAGCGUUUGGGGCCUGUUGUCUGACCAGACAGUGUAACAGACAGGCCUUCCACAAACAUGGCCGAGCCACCACCACCACAGACAUGAUCCAGGAGAUCAGCUCUGCCUUCAAAAAACUAUUUGAGAGCUGA